UGCAUGCCUUUGUCGAUAUCAGCAGCUCCAGCUUCAUUCAAUUGUGCACCAACGUCGAGAAGCAUUGAAGUAUUCUCUGGAAGUGGAAGUUGAAAAUAGUUGUGCUUCAAUUGACACAACUCAAAAACUCUUUGAUGAUGCUGAAUUGAAUGAAGAUAGAGUUGAGAAAAACCUUCCAGAGAAUACUCCAAUGUGACGGUGCACAAUUGAAUGAAGCUGGAGCUGCUGAUAUCUACAAAGACAUGCAGCCUGGGGAAACCACAGCGGAAGUCAAACGUCAAGAAAGACUCAAUGCAGCUCAAAAAGAAUUUGAUAUAGGCGUAUCUGAAGGUAAAGGAAGUAGAUAUGUUGGAAUGCAAACACCAUCUGUGUCUCAACACUUAGACCAGAUCUCAUCUGAUGCAUCACAACUUUUUCCAAAUCCUAAGAGAAGGAAGAUUUCCAGUUCUCCUAUGUGUGACACCAGUGAUAUCCCCAACUUCAAUUUAUGUUCAUUUUCGCUGGGUAGUACACAAGGGACUGGUUUAGAAGGUAAUUCUGCUGUUGUUGUUGUUGGUGAAGAGAGACAAGAACGUCGUGAACAGCAGGGAGUUGGUCAAGUAUCUGCUACCAUGGCUGUGGAUUUUUCCCUUGCUGCUGAACAGCAGCAGUUAGUUGUGAUGGAACAGCAGGAAGAGCAAGCUAAAAGAAAAUCAGAUAAAAAAGGGAAAAUGAUUCGUGUGGAGAGUAUUUGGUUGAGAUCUCCUCACGUCAAUCCUAAACAAAAGCGAAGGGGGCAAGAUUGAAAAGUAGGAAAGACUACACGAAGGUGUCCCUUCCAUUAUGUUAUUCAAGAUAGUGGAUUGAUGCAAAGAUUUACAGAGUGGUUGGAGACGGAUGCCAGUGAAUAUAAUUCCAAUCCAUUCAGAUUAGCUGGAAUUGAUAUUCCAAAAUCAUUCUUUACCGAGCUUGUGGAUCCUACCUCUGAUCUUUCAGAUGAAAUUAGUUAUUAAGUUUGUUUUUUGAAUUGGUUUUCAACUGUAUUUCUCAAAACUUCAGCUUAUUUUUAUAAUAAAGUUUUUGUACUGUAAUUUGGCAAA